AUGACUCAAAUCCCUGGCAUCCAGAGUCGGCAGUGUCAGAAAGCUGCCUGGCCUGUCCAUAAGAAAAUAUGCAAGCUGAACCAAGAGACGACGGCCACGCUCGAGGCGCGGCCCGGUGACCUCGAACGUCUCGAUGCUCUCCGCGACUUCACACGCAAACACCGCGCUACCAUCUCCGAAGCUGCCUUCCACGCCGUUCGCCACGACUACCUCCCACCCUCCUCUUUAGAUCCUGUUGCUACCUCGAAGGAGCGCGAAGACGUGCUCGUCAUCGACUUGCGAACCAGGCCAAAUGCUGCCCGCGCACGGCCAGAGACCCGCUUCUACUGCAUGGGUGCACAGCUCGAGACGUUCUCCUUCUUUCCAGAAGAGAAGCUCGACGAGAUGCGCCUCAGGCUUCGGAGCUGCAGAGAGGAGGCUACGAGGCAUCGAGGGCCCAGUAGUGCCGCGCUUGUUGUCUUGAGCCUUCGGGAUCCUGACAUGGAGCUCAUGAACGUCAUGUCGGUCGCGUUUUCGCUCGAUCAAAGCGACGUGGAUGAGCUGGAGAUUCCGUGGAAGCAGUUUCUGAUCCAUAUGAUGAAUGAAGGUAUCGUUGAAUGA